AUGGUUAACAGGUCAUUUUGCAUCAAAGACAAUAUAAUCUACGACUCCGCUAGACCCGCCUGGCCCAAAGGUUUGUUCUGAUACCUUUUAGGACCUGGACUAGUUGUCCGGGGGGGGCGGUACUCGACCAAUAUUUGGGAGUUGUGGAGUCGCUGAGGGUUUUAAGCCCUGACCCUGUUUAGGGCAAUAUCGUCAGAGUUGUUACGAAGAUUUAGAACCACGUUUAAAAUUAUUACUAGUGUAGCAGGAGACUAUUAACAGAGUAAAGCAACAACGAUAGCUAAUUAUCAUUGUUAUUCGUUGUAAAUAGUUCUCCGUUUCUGAUUGGCUCAAAUCCCUUGGCUAUUAGGCGAACGUUUGCCAUGCAUAUUCAGUGACAUUACGUCAGUAGCACAGGAUAUCAACAAAAAAGGACUGCAACUGAGGAGUCCUGAGGCUAAGACGCGGGUGAAAAUGGUGGAAAAUUUCACACCUAUUGCAAAGAGGAAAGAGCAUAACUAGAGCCUAAAAACAGCCAUAACAGCAAAAAUACAACUGACGGAUUGAGUAACAAUUAAGUAUCUAAGUUAUACUUUACUCCCUUCAGGUCAAUACUGUAUUUAUAAAAACCGCAAGUGCCCUAAUCUGACGGAAAGUGGUAGAGUAUAUUGGGAUGAUGAAAGCUCUUCAAACACGAACGCAAAAGGUGGAACUCUUCCUGGUGGCCUCAAAGAUAGCAAAGAUAACACAGAGAUUCGAUUUUGCUGUAGAACAGACGGUGACAAAAAAGAACCUAUCAUACUACCCACUAAUUUCUCGUUUUUCCUCUUGGCUUACGGAUCAAAUCAAUGUCAAAUGGUCAAAUGGGCGAUUGCGACACUGGAGUGGAUCUAUUUCGAUACACAGGACAAAAACAAUAAGGAUAAAGCAGCUGGAACAUUUCCUUUCGAUGCUGGAAAAAAGAAUCCUAGAAUUUAUUACUGCUAUUAUCGUGGUCAGUACAUCAUGAAACUCACGUCUUUCAGAUAUCUCAAGUGAGAUUCUUUCAGGGGGGUCAAUGAGAUUUGAAUUUCCUGGUAUGAGUAAUUAGUAAACAGGGAAUUAAACAGCUAAGAAUUUCUUUUGCUUCUAUUAUCAUCUGUUUUCUUUUGAAAGUAUCCAGUCCUGUCCCUUGGUUUGGCUAAUCCUUCAUUCCUCCUUCAAAAUCAUUUUCAUUCGAAACAGUUUUUCAUCCUAUUAUAUCCGAAAUCUCCUUCUUAAUCAAAAAUAUUCUAACAUGUGUCUUCAUUUCAACUCUCUUGGAGCUCUUGGAAAACUGAUAAUAAUGUGAAGAAGCUGGAUAAACAUUGUUUCUGGUUUCUGACGUUUUUCUUUAGUCUGUAACCUCCUUUUUGAGCUAAAUUUUCAUUUUUCCAAGCCCAAAUUGACAGUAAUACUUCUUGAUUACAAGCUGGACUUUUCAUUAGCGGAAUUUUAGUUUAAUUGUUCCAAUUUUAACGGUAGACUAGACGGCGACAAAAACAACCCGAUUGACUUCCCUCGUAACUCCGAUCCAAGAGAGAAUGAGCUCAUUCUCUCUUGUCCGAUCCUAAUCCUUUUGAUAUUUUAUGACAACUGAGAUUUAUUGAUUCAAAAAGUGCAAAACAGCUAUGAAAUUGUAACUAGAAGUUUAAUAAAUCGCGCUGUCGAGCCCUUUUGGGAAGAGUAAUCAGUACAGUAUUUCAAUUUAAUCAACUCCUCGUUAGACUACGACUUAUAUUUGUUUUAUCUUCCAACUUUUGUAGGGUGCAAUAUAUCCUUGGGUGGAACCAAUGGAACGUUUCACUCACCAAACUAUCCAGAAAAGUACCCGGAUGGACAAUACUGCUCGUGGAAUAUCACAGUCAGUCCAUUCCAGCGAAUUCACUUAAUGUUCACGGAAUUCAGGUUACAAAACGAGAACAACACGGAUGCAUUAUACGUGUACGAUGGUCCGAGUGAAAAGGGGAAGGAACUGGGAGUGUUUUAUGGAGACACUCCACCUAAAGGAGGAAUUUACUCUUCGUCAAAUGAAAUAUUUGUAAUAUUUAAAUCAGAUAGGAGUAUGUCUUUCACUGGCUUCAACGCUUUGUACUGCGAGAAUAAAUGUCCAGGUAAGCGAUGUUAAAGCUUGUAUAUUGUGAUUCUUUUUUUAUGUUUUUUGCCCACUAAAUAGUAUGUUGUAAAACUGUGAAAGGUUUAAGCCCAGGGCCAGGUUGCAUAAAACCUUCUUAAGAUAAGACGGCUCUUAACUUUUGUUCUGGAACAAUAUCCUAUUGUUUUGAAAUAGUAGUUAAGAGCUCCCUUAAUCUUAAGAUGUUUUUUGCAACCCGACCCAGGAGUCGGCAUUUCAUAAGUAGGUUAAGCAUGAUCGUCCAGGUGAAUGUAGUCCUGAAAAGGACUGUUGAUGACAGUGACUGAAGUUUCGACAACCUGUGCGGUAGUCAUCUUCAGAGUGACAGUGAGUUGUAUCACGUCAGUUGAUGGUAUUAAACUCUGCAGGUUUAUUGACCUGAUUGGUCAAUAAAGUCGCGAUAUUAUUGGUCGACUGUCAGUUUAGCCGUGAUGGUUUUGGCUAUGAAAACUCGAAAUAUUAUUGAUGCGUUUCGACCCGGCCAUUGUCAGAGCUUAACAGUCGUUUAUUAUUAGUCAAAUUGUCGGUUGACAAGUAGUGCUCUCGUCUGAGAUAGUUCUGACUUAAUGUGUGCUUCGGCAAAUCAGCCCGGUCCUGUGUGUGAUACGUUAACCUUAAGCCCUUAAGAGUGAUCAGCAUCAAAUUUCUCCUUGUAAUAUUAAUGCUUUGUAAAACAGAGUGGUCAUGAGAAUUAUGGACAUGAUCACCCAAGAUCAAUUUGCUUGAUAUUUUAUCAACUUCUUCCCACUACUUCUGUAGGAAAUGAAUAGGGGCAGCAAAUAAGAAUUCAAAUUUUGAUCUUAGGGUGUAAAGGGUCAAACUACUACUGAGAGUUCCGUGUCUAGUUAACGAUUUUUGUUAACUUGAGAAGUUGUUUUUCGUUGACUUGACGUGCCCUCGGUCUAAUUUGACGCGGGUACCUCGCGUGCUACCCCCUCCCCCCUGACGUAGGGCAUGUGCUUUAAGGAAUUUAAUGAUCUCUCUAUAGAGAGAUAUAGAUAUCAUCGAGAGAUUAUAGAUCGCGCAUUUUUUUAAAUUGCAUAAGACCUUUAAAAUAAAAAAUAAGUGCUCUGAAAAAAGUGAUUAAAAAAGUCUCUCUUCUUUAGCAGAAGCAACCACUGCUGCCUCGACCUUGUCCCCUACUAUAACGACAGAAACAUCACUAAAGAAGAGCACAACUAGCGAAGAAACUACAACAACAAAGGCAGGUGCAAGGAGAGAUAAAAGGGAAGAAAGUGAAGAAAAAGGUAAGAAAUCCCUAGGUCUUCCAAUUAAUAUUCUAGAUUUCUGCCAUAAAAUGUGAUUUAUAUAUACACUUGUUUCUUGUAAGUUUAUUGAAAUACGCCUCUUCCUAUUGAUCCCAAUAGUUUCAUGUUCACAUUAAUUUACCGUGCAAUGUUUGUGUUGAUAUUAACAAGGAUUACAAGUGGUUCUGUGUGUUUGUUCUGCUAGAAGCUCUAGGUUUAAGCCAAUAUAAUCAAAACUCAUUUAAACGCUAAAAAGUAUUAUCCUUUUUCCCCACAGGUGUAAAUGUGGUCGCUGUUGUAGUUCCAGUUGUGGUUUUAAUUAUCCUGGUUUUGCUGGUUCUGGUUGGGUUUAUUUAUUAUAAAAGGUAAUUGUAAUUUACCAAAGGCAAGUUAAAGUAAUGUUGCCUAGAGAGCAGUGAAAAGUGAAUCAAGUAGGUUAUGAAGUUAAUUGUUUUGUAAUUUUGCAACAGAACUUGGUUAAUUAACCAAUAACCUAGUUGAUGCAGGUUCGAUGACUUUAUGAUUUCGUCUUUUUGUCCACCAAAUGACACCUUCGAUUCAAUAAUGUAGUAUAAGUUACAAGUUAUCGUUGAUUCACAUAUUAAUUAAUCGUCAAUGAAAGUACUGUUUAAAUUUGUUCUUCAACAGCAAAAUUUACAAAAACGAUUUGUUUAUUAUACAGGAGAGGAAGCACAAAACUAGACAAGCAUACGCCAAGCGUUAUUUACGCGAGGUAAUCUCAAAAUAAUAAAACGGAAUAAAUUAAUUAGUCCAGUUUCGAAUUCGUGCGCCCGCUGAAUAGAAGCACUUAAGACUCAUUUAUACACGGUUAGCCUCGACCUAAAGUAAAUAUUCAUAAAUACCUUCUUUUUCUGACUGGAAUUUGUGAUUAUAAUAUUUACCUAUGGUCGAGGCAAACCCUGUAUAAAUGAGUCUUCAGUGGUUCCAUUCAGUGGCUGUGACGAAUUCUAAACUGGACUAUCAUUUGAAACAUUUUAAGUAGGCAUAUUCUAGCAGAUUUGCUUCCCUUUAAAGACCUUUACCCACCUCAAACCACUUUCUCGACUAUGACUAAAGCACUCCUGGACAAAUAAUAUAAUAUGAAUAACAUCUGAACCAACUGAUGUAUCAGCAAAAAAAAAUCGUUACCAAUUAAAGCAUAGUAAAGCAGUAAAAAUUUAUUUCAUUGUUUUUACUUACAUAUUUCUACCAUUUUGAUUUCCAGCCCGCAGAUGACACAUGACAAUCCCUCUACUGAUAGGUAAGGAUUAUGAUCAGGCCAGAGCUUUAAAAUCAGAGGACAGAGACAUUUCAAGGUUGUCUUGCACUAUGAGCAAUCUCAAUUGUCAGUGGCCUUAGAGCUGAAAAGAAAGAAGGAAAAAGUGGGGGGGGGGGGGGGGAAUCAAAAGAAAGAAAGGGGGAAACCCACUUUUAACCCCCCAAAAAAAAUUCCAAAAGGGAAGUUUUUUUAAAAAAUUUCAAAGGGCAAUUUUUAAGAGUUUUUUUUCCCUUUAAAGGGAGGGGGUGAAACCCACACAAAAACCCCUUAAUUCACAUGUUUUACCGCGUAUAAGUUAAAAAGAAAGUUCUCCGUGGGUAAUAAACACUUUUGGAAAACACCAANAUGUCAAUUUCCAGCCCGCAGACGGCACAUGACAAUCCCUCUACUGAUAGGUAAGGAUUCUGAACAGUCCAGAGCCUUAAAAUCAGGGGACAGAGACAUCUUAGAUUGUCUUGCACAAUGAGUGAUCUCAAUUUUAAACAGCCCUAGUGGUGAGAAGACUGAAGUAAAAAUUGGAUGGAUAGUGAAGGUAGAACAGGGGUGAAUCCACUAUUCAGCGGCCGUAACAAAUUAGAAACUGGACUAACAUUUGAAACAUUUCAGCAUGCACAUUUUAGCAAGUUUGCUUCCCUUUGAAGAGUAGGAUAGAGAACCCACUUCUAAGCACCUAAUUGAUUAGCUCUGUCUUUGACUAAAGGACAUGUACUUGUGAGCUAUAACAGUUAUGAGUAACACUCAAAGUAACUGACGUAUCAGCAAAACAAAACAAAAAAAUCGUAACAGAUUAAAGUAUAGUAAAGCAGUAAAAAAUUAUUUCAUUGUUUUUACUUACCUAUUUCUACCGUUUUGAUUUCUAGCCUGCAAACGGCACACGACAAUCCCUCUACUGAUAGGUAAGGAUUAAGAACAGUCCUGGGCCAGGUUUGUUUGAAACUGCAUGGGUUAAGAUAACCCAAGGUUAGUGCAAAAUUUGAACUCAGAUAUGAGAGCUUUAAAAGCAAAUUCAGUUUAAUUCUCAUUGUCUAAAAUUUGAUGAUUGGAUAGUUUAAAAAGAAUAUAGAAAAUUAUCUGAGAGAGUGCUUUUGAUGAAAAGAAAAAGAAGCCUGGGUUAAAAUUUAACCCUGGGUUAGGGCCAACUGGCAUUCGAACAACUGGGUUCAGAGCCUUAAAAUCAGUGGACAGAGACAUCUUAAGGUUGUCUUGCACAAUGAGCAAUCUUAAUUUUAAACAGCCCUAGUGCUGGGAAGACUGAAGCAAUAAGGGGAGGACAAAGAAGGGCAGCUUGGGCAGAUCUGGAAAAUUCAAAAAGGGAGGCUGGUAUACUUGGCAGCUACUUAUUUCAGUGAGAAUUCUUUAAAAAUAGCACAAAAUUUCACACAGAAAGGGGUGGCUUUGGUCACGCCGACCAAACCCUAAAUCUGCCUAUGGUGAAAGCUCCCUCCCUUCUCCCCACCUUAGUUCAUCCUUUAAAGUCUGUAUUCCCCUAAAUCAUGAACGACACACUAAUACUCAAGUAAGAUAAACAUGGCUGACUGAGUUUUAAACUAAAAAUAAUCUACUGUUUGGGAGUUUCUUUCAUCAAAGUACACUAAGGACAUUAUUUAUGUUGUGAUGAUCAGUGUAACCAGUUACCUUCUGUAAUGGGCCAUUUGCAGCUAAAUGGUCAAAUUAGACAAACAACCUCUUGUGCUGCGGUGAAGCACAGUCCCACUGUCUCCGUGCCUUCCAGGCCUCAUUAAUGUUCAAAAGAUAAAUAAAGCUAUCCUCUAGAUAAAUCUCUAUCCAGUGGAUAACAUAAUUGGUUUCCCUAAUAUUUAUCCACCGGAUACAGCUAUCGAACAUUUCAACAAUUAGGGCCAGAAAGGUUUUUGCACCAUGUGACUAUUCAGCUGCAAUGUACCUAAAUAAUAUUGUACCAACACUAUAUUGACUUUUAGGUCAACUGGCAGGGCCCCACUAUCAGUUGGAAAUCCAUGCUAUGAACGGUGAGAACCUAAAUUUGAGUAAAUUUAAAUGUGGCUAACAAUAACAGAACAGACCUUGUAAUGGUAAGAUUUCCAUACAGCCCCAUACACUUAAUAUCAUAAUAAUUAUCAUGUAUGCAGCAAUCUCACAAAUCUAUAGCUACUAUUAAUAGUCUCAGCAUGCAUUCAUAAUAGAUGACUAUGGGCCUGAGCAGAAAUCCUAUCUUUGUUAUCAAUGGGUGUAUAAUACUGUAGGGUGGUAAUGGACCAGUUUCUAUAGUCGGCAGAUACAAAACGAAGGUCACAGGUCACAAGUCAGGUUAGAGUACAGGACACCAUGCUACGGUAAAUAAAAAACAUUAAAAACGUCUCCUUGCCCUAACUACAAUCUGAAAUAUAGAGUUUUAGCUUAAAGGGAAACUGCUUAUCUCAGUUAUUUAUUAAUAGAGUAGUGACCCGCCCUUGUGACCUGUGACCACAGGUAACCCAGGCUCUGUGAUAGUACCACAGUACGGUUCCAGUAAAAUUACAGUGUUUGUAUGGGGUAAAAAUAUCAUCCUAAAAUUUCUAGGAAAUACUAAAUAAAGAUCAAUGAAACUUACUCUGCAGUUAAUUGUUGUUGUCCUUAUUGCUCCAACGAAGUUUCGUGAUAAUUUGCAGUAAUUUGUUCAAAUUCACUCUAUCUACAAUAAUAAUAUACAAGGUAGGAAACACGAGGUGCCAUUUUCGCCGACAUGCUCUCAUUCAACACAACUUUUUCCACGAAAUUCGAACUCCAACGGAAAAUAAACAUGCCAGGAUCGUAGAAAUAGGAUAGCAGCAGAUAUAGAAACCAAUGAAGCUUUCCCAGAUAGAGAAACGAAUCCCACAGACUUUGACAAACUCGAAGAAUAUAAUCCAAACACACCGAGAAUACGCUCGCCGAAGCAGCCGGGCCAGAUCAACGCGCGGCCAAGAAAAUGAAGCCUGGGCACUGUACAAAAAAAUUCCAUCCCGGGGGUCCUGGGGUGACCUUUCUAGGGACCGAUACAUCAUUUGCCCAAGGCCACCCUCCCCUGCUGGAAAAAUACUUGAUAGAAGGCAAUUGUUCUUCCUAGCCAAUCACUAUGGCCUGUUAUAAAGAGAUUAUUUUCCUCUCGAACUAUAUUCAGCUCCUGGCGCUGGUCCUCAGAAAGUUUAUCAAACAUCAAUAGGGCAAGGUUAUAAGGGCAAAGGAAAGAACAACGAAGGACGAUUUACAAAACUUAAAACGAGCAAAAGAUAUAAGUGAAUUUUGGCUCUUACCGAGGCAUUUGUACAACAGGACCAAAUUCAAAGAGAGGUGUAUCACGAUGAUUCACAUAUUUAACCGAUAGAGCGUUCACUUGUAUUGACAAGAAGUCGGCGUGUUACUGCCGCAUUAAUCGCUAAAUAUGUUAAUCGCGCUAGUUCUUUGUUUACUAGUGCACGUGCCUUUCACAUUCGUCUCAGUUAUCGCAAUUCAUAUUCUGUCGCAAUUUUCUGUAUAAUUUUUGACAUUAGUUUGUAAGCUUCAACGUUUAUUUACGAUAGUUUCGCUCGAGAGUUCACAGCAACAGUAUCUCAGUCAUCAUCUACCUUUUGUUCAACCUUGUUUUUAGCCCGCCUUGUAAGCAUUUCGCGUUGUUAUUUCAUUAGUUUCAUUACUGUUAUUUGCAUUCCUUAGUAAAAGAAAUGGGACGCCUUGUAACUCCGCAGACUCUCCUGAUUAUAUUACUUUUUUUUUAGCCAUUUAAAUUCAGGCGCGUGUGCGGGGUUUGCUCUGGCAAAUGGUGAUUGGCUAGGAAGAACAAUUGCCUUCUAUCAAGUAUUUUUCCAGCAGGGGAGGGUGGCCUUGGGCAAAUGAUGUAUCGGUCCCUAGAAAGGUCACCCCAGGACUCCCGGGAUGGAAUUUUUUUGUACAGUGCACAGGCUUCAUUUUCUUGGCCGCGCGUUGAUCUGGCCCGGCUGCUUCGGCGAGCGUAUUCUCGGUGUGUUUGGAUUAUAUUCUUCGAGUUUGUCAAAGUCUGUGGGAUUCGUUUCUCUAUCUGGAAAAGAUUCAUUGGUUUCUAUAUCUGCUGCUAUCCUAUUUCUACGAUCCUGGCAUGUUUAUUUUCCGUUGGAGUUCGAAUUUUGUGGAAAAAGUUGUGUUGAAUGAGAGCAUGUCGGCGAAAAUGGCACCUCGUGUUUCCUACCUUGUAUAUUAUUAUUGUAGAUAGAGUGAAUUUGAACAAAUUACUGCAAAUUAUCACGAAACUUCGUUGGAGCAAUAAGGACAACAACAAUUAACUGCAGAGUAAGUUUCAUUGAUCUUUAUUUAGUAUUUCCUAGAAAUUUUAGGAUGAUAUUUUUACCCCAUACAAACACUGUAAUUUUACUGGAACCGUAAUGUGGUACUAUCACAGAGCCUGGGUUACCUGUGCUGUGACCGGCAAUUUAACUUAAAGUCGCAUUUAUAUGAUAUAUUUGCCAUAUUUAGACGUUGCUUAACUUACCCACCUUAUGCAGGUUUGCAAAACACAAACCAUAAAACUUUUCCUUCGUGAGUAUAAGCUUGUCAGCGAUGGACAUUUCUAGUGCUAAUAAUGCUUGUGGAAUGCAAGCGUUUCAGGGCAGGAGGUGGCCGCCAUCUUUGAUCAGCUGUUUCAGAUUGCUGAGGAAGAUUGGGGCCACUUGCCCCAACUUCCUGCGGCCUUUGUUGUGCCAGAUAAAUACAGAAUUACGCCGUGAAGUACCACAUGUUCGAGGUAUUAUUAUAUGCAGGCACACACACCAGUCAUGAACAAGAAUCAAGCGAAACUUGCUAUUUCCGAAGAUAAAACUCAUAACUCACAACUGAUUAAGAAAACUUCAGUCUCGCUAAGGAAACAGUAAUGCAGAGUCAGUGUGAAAGUACCUAAUGUGAAUGUAGCGUUUCUAACACUAGUUCUGUGUCAAAAUGAUGUGUUUUGUUCUGGGACACGUUUUUGAAGUUAAAGUGCCUGAUUUAAAAAUAAAUUAGUUGCGAAUUUACUUCUGAUGAUAGACAAAAAACCCUUUAUUAAUAAGUUGGCAUUCGUAAAUUCUGACGAUAUAAUGGUAUUUGAAGAUUUUUUAGGCCAGACUUUCAUUAACUAUCCCAUGUUUUUUGGCUUUUUGCUCAGAAAAAUCUCUUCUCGCAUUGUAGUUUUUCUAAGGUCUUGACUUCGAACGAGACUGAUGAGAGUUAACAUUACACGGACAGUAUCCUUUUUUAUUAUAUUCGCUUGUCUUUAAAUUUUAAAACCAUCCAGUUUGCUGUUUUCUUCGUAGUGGUUUCAUCAGUAUAGCUAACGAUGAGUGUUCAGAAGCCUUCGAACUAUACAGCUCACUAAAUCCGAACACCAUGGAUAGGAGAGAACCCUGCGGACAACCAGACGAACAAUACCAAACACUUUACAGGGGAGCACCAGUAUACGACACUCUAGAACCAGGCCAGGCUUCGAGUAACCCAAUCUAUGAAAGGUUUGUGUGUUGCAUGGCCUUUGCUUAUGAGUAAUAAGGUUGCGCACGUGACCCGGGGUUCUAGUGACCAUGUAACUACUGAGCCACUGUAUGGUUACCUGAAGUCGCGACGAUCGCCAUUGAUGAAGCGACGAUUUACGACGGAUUAAAGCGCCGAUUGCAUUGCCAUCGGCAAUCAAAUUUGACAACGUCAGUCAUGUAAUAACGGCAAAGAAAACUGCCAAAAGUGUGCAACACUUUCAUAGUGUUUGUUUUGCUUAUUUUCUCGUUGCCGUCGUCGUUGUGGUUGCGCUGAUUUCGAUAGUACCGUUACCACGCAAAACAAUUCUCGAUCAUGGCACGAUUUUGCCUGAAAAACCGACGAUUCGAUGGAAAACGCAGGACGAAAUCGAUGUCCUCAGGUAACCAUUCAGAGGCUCACCACUGACUGGAGGAUUCAGCAAAUCGGUCCUUUAUUUUAGCAUGAUGCCGUUCCAUUUGUCCUAAGGGAUAUCCACUAAAUAGGAAGCUUUAUGUUCACACCCAUUACUUUUUACGAUACUGUUAUUUGAACCACUCUGCUGGCUGAAUACGGGACCGCCAUACCAUUCUACUUGGUGAUGCUUUCAAAGGGCGCAACUUAUGAUCCAGCUGUAGGCAGCACAAAAAGACCUCUUUUUAUUCCCAGUUGUUCGGCAGCCCUUGUGCUUUGAAGUCUUAGAAAACCGCUCUAAUUUAACGUUUAAGUCCUAAAGUCUUUUUCUUUUCGCUUUUGCAUAAGUUACGUCUACAACUGCGAUGAUUUUCAUUACGUUUAAUUCUUCAUGCCACAGUUGUAAUAUAUUAUUUCAUAUUUGGAAAACUUUUCUGUCUCCCUUACCUUUGCAGCACCUCUUGA